AUGACUGUAUUCAUCUCCUGGGUGCCUCCAUCUCAAGGCUUUCUCAACGUGAACUUCGAUGACAGUGUGAGCAAGGGCGGAAGUUGCAGAGGUGUGGGAUUUAUCAUCAGAGACCACACUGCUACACUAGUGGCGGUGGGGGAUCGGAGGAUUUUUGACACAUUCGUUGUGUGCGCCGUGCUCAGAGCGGCCUGGGAGGGGUUAUCUUAUGCCAGGCAGGCAUUGGGGGCGGAUCACAUACUACUUGAGAGGGACUCGGCUUCGGUGAUCGCAUGGGUCCGGGGACAGGGUCACGCCAUUGAGGAGAGGCCGAUGCUCAGGGACAUUUGUAGACUUCUGGGGGAGUGCAGAUCGAACCAGGCUACGCAUGUAUACAAGAAGGCGAACCGUGCCGACGACUGGAUUGCCUUUUUAUGUUUCACUAUGCGGGAGGAUUCAUCUGUUGAAAACUACAGCUAG